AUGUCUGAUCCAAGCGAGCGGCUGUCGGAGUCCAUGCCCGGCCAGGACAAUGGCCUGAAGCCCUUGUCAAACGCGGAUGACCUGUCACUAGGAAAUCCCAGUAACGCCGAGCUGUCCCGGAUUAUGAGCCGCGCGGGUAUCCAGCUAGCCAAUGGAUUCCCAUUAGAUGAUGAUGAAGGCGAAGAGGAAGUGGAUGAAGACUACGUCGCAGUUGACCAGGAUGAUGCCGACGCCAAUGAAUUCCCAUACUGGUUCCGCCGCCCCCCUACACACCACCGCACUAAGCUGGACGAGCUGCAUCCAUUUGUCCAGCUUCUAUCCGUAUCCAAUGUCGAGGACUGUGUUGCCGUCGAAGAUGCUUUCCCGGAGCAGGAGCGUUGCUCGCGUGACAAGUUUAUCUAUCGUCUUUCUCGAUGCCCCGAGUUGAGUUUGGGUCUUUUCACUCUGCCUCUUAAGGAUGACGACAAGCCCAAGCCUCGUCCCACUUUGGUUGCACACAUCGUUGCUACACGUACCUCGGAGCCUUGCGUGACCGAUCGAGCCAUGCGCCUGCCCAACAACUGGAAAGAUGAGCGCUGGACGUUCGAAGACGGCCAGGCCGUUGGCCACGAAGAAGGCGGUAGCACCAUUGCUAUCCACUCUUUGGCUGUCCUGCCUGAACACCAGGGCAAGCAGGUCGGCAGCACCUUGAUGAAGUCGUACAUUCACCGCAUUCGUGAAGCUCUGAUUGCCGACCGGAUUACGAUCAUUGCCCAUGACCAUCUGGUUCCCUUCUACGAGUCCUUCGGUUUUGAGUCUCGUGGCCCUAGCAAGUGCCAGUUUGGCGGCGGCGGUUGGGUGGAUCUGGUGUUGGAGUUUGGUGACCAUCCCGAGUCUAGCUAA